CCAAGGAUCUUUCACAGCGAAGCGAGGUUGUGCUGACAGGAGGCUGACGUCCAUUCCCACUAGAACUCAAUCCUUUCGUGCUGAGUUACUCAAAUUGAACUCCAUUCCUUUUGAAUUCCAAGUCCGACAACACUCAAUUGGGAACCUACGGCCAGCUUCACAAUGGCAGAACCAAACCCUUUCAAGAUAUCCGUCUCCGAUGACCUUCUCUCCUUCAUCACCCAGAGAGUGACCACAGCUCGCCUUCCCCCAGGAAUAGACCUCCCCGCUUCAGAAGCAUGGUCACACGGCGUCCCAGAACCCGUCAUGUCCAGAUUACAACAAUACUGGGCAAAUAAAUACGACUGGCGAGCCGUAGAAGCAAGAAUCAAUUCCCAGCUAAAAAUGUUCACUCUUCCCAUCAACCAUGAGGGUGAGGAACUAACGAUGCAUUUCGUCCAUCAUCGGUCGUCACGUGAAGGUGCCAUCCCUCUAUUGUUCCAGCAUGGCUGGCCGGGAAAUUUCUUGGAAGUUGAGAAGAUCAUUGAUGAUUUGGUGGAGCCGAAGGAGGAGGGGAAGCAGGCGUAUCAUGUUGUUGCGCCUAGUUUGCCAGGAUUCGUGUUCUCGGAGAUGUCGAAGAGACCGGAGUUUGGAUUGGGUGAUAUAGCGCAUAUGGAGCAUAAAUUGAUGACUGCUUUGGGUUAUGAGAGAUACAUGGGCCAAGGAGGCGAUUGGGGAUCAAUAAUAGUCCGUGCGGUUGGGAAAUUAUACCCAGAGCACUGCGUGGCAGUCCAUGUGAAUAUGGUUAUCUCCGGUCUGCCACCAUGGACAAGUCCUCUCACUUUCAUACGGUUUAUCGCCUGGGCAAUAUGGCAGGACAAAUCCAAAGAUGGUAGUCUGUUCGGAAGAAUGAUGUGGUGGCAAAAGGAAGAGAAUGGUAGAAGAUCUAUCCUGAUUUCGCUUUUUUCUUUUCCUCUUCAUUCUCGAGAUAUCCGGAAAUCGUAUUUCGCUCACUGGUCCAGUGGGGGUCCGUGGAAUAACCUCAUACUGAUGAUAUUUACCAGGUUACAUGGAAAUUCAAGGCACAAAGCCACAAACGCUUGCCUAUGCCCUCGUCGAUUCUCCAUUGGGUAUGCUAGCUUGGAUCCGAGACAAACUCGAGCAUCUAGUCGACGACGACUUUAACUGGAACGAAGAGGACCUUAUUACUUGGGCCAUGCUCUACCUCAUCCCCGGCACAGCAGGCCACUCCACAAUUUACAAAAACAGCAAAGAACCACUUCUCACCUCCCAAAAAGAAUACAUGACAACCCCCCUCCCCAAAUCCGUCGAUUUCGGCGCUUCUAUAUUCCCAAAAGACGUCCUCAACAUCCCCCGCUUCUGGGCCUCCAGCACCGUCUCCCCCAACAUAAUCUUCUGGCGCACUCACACCCAAGGCGGACAUUUCCCCAGCCUCGAGAAACCAGCUGAGCUCAUAGCUGAUAUUCGGGAGUUUACGAGUCUUGUGGAUUUGGAUAAGAGGGCGGGCUUGGUGAGGGCGGGGAAUUUGGUGAGGUUUUGAUGCCAUUAGAUGGGAGGAGACGGAGGGUCUGAGGAAGGGGGGAAAGAUUGGAUGGAUUGAAAUUCUAGUUUUGAUGGUUUUGAUUUUGUCACAUUCGAAGCAGUUGAGUGUGAGGAAAUAUCCUUGACUUUUAGGGCAUGAGUAGAAAAGUGGUAUGUGGAGAGUGAACCAUUGCAAUAGUCCGGUAUCAAACCUCAUACUUAUGAAGAGGAUCGAAAAUGUUGAUCUUACCGCACGCUAGCAUUAUGGGACUAUAAAAUUCUGACUCUGGAGAUGACGAUAGGCAAAACUUU